CUGCAGGGACCCUCGGUGCUACGGCAACCUGCUUGUCCUCUGCCUCUUUCUGAUCUGACAGGUCCAGAACUACUGGCACCAGAUCACCAGGACCCACUCCAGCAUGAGGAAGGUCAUCAAGGUGCCAUCGCAGAAGGGGGCAGUGCCCUCCAUGAGACAUGACACUUGUUUUGGGCUGACCCCUGAAUUCUCCUUCAGUCCUGGCCAGUUCAGGGGCCUGGAUGCCCAACAAUGGGCCCAAAAUAAGAGAGGGGAAUACUGGAGGAGCCACCAGGAUUCAUGGACCCAACAUCUGCUUUCUUGUCAGCACCCAGGUCCAGGUUUACCUUGGGAUGCCUACCCACCUUUGGAACACAUCUUUUGCACCACCUCCUUUUCAAGCACCUGUAUGCUAGCUCAGGACAGUUCUUGGGAAGCGUGGCAGGUACCCUGGUGUCGUAGUGAUGACCAGACUCACCUGAUUUGCAAGCCACUGCCCCCUGCCCUGGACACGUGCCAAGGGAUGGAGCAGCUGUUGGUCCACUCCUCAGAAGAACCGGUACCACUGGAGCAUAUUGUCGACAUGAGAUGCCACCCCACCUCCAUGGCCUCUCGCCCAAACCUCCCAUCAGCCCAGAGGUUGCAGUUCUGUUCCAGAGAGUUCCUACCUGUUCCUUCCAACCAACAAGUGGGAAUGCCCAUCUGGAAGUCCUGGCGCUGCCCACGAGAGGCCUGGGCACCAGGGAGGGAAAACCGGACACUAGGCAGAGAGGAUAGUAGAGAGACCCAGGCUCCAGGGUGGGUGAACCAGAGAGAGAGAAGAGGAGAGGAUGCUUGGGAAAUUCAGGCAUCUGGAAGGCAACUCCCAAUAAACUUUGGGAUGGAGGACAAGGCAGAGCCUAAGGUCCUGGAGUUGGGGAGACAGAGACUAGUAAUAAGUAAAGCUGUUGGAGAGAUCUUGACUCCAUGGUGGGAGAAUCAAGACCAGGUGAGAGUUGAGAAUAGAGCUGAAAGUCAGAAACUACAGAAGAGAAAUCGGAGGGAUGCUGGAGGUGAGAAUCUUCCUGAAACUCAGGUACGAAGAGGAGAGAAACAGAAACACUUAAGAUGUAAAAUUGAUGCAGAGACCCAAACGCCAAUGUGGGAGACCCAGGAUAGGAGUAGGAAUAAGGAUGCUAUAGAGACCCAGUCUUUUGAGAAGAAUAAGAAAGAAGCCAGAGGAGAGGAUGAAGGAGAGACCCAGGCCCAAGUGUUGAGGAAGCAGGGCCAGACUGGAACUGAGAAUGGUGGGGAAACCCAGCUGCCAGGGUGGGGAAAACAAGACCAGAUUAAAGGUGAUACUAGUAUAGAAAUUCAGGCAGAAAAGAGGAGAAGAAAGGGCCAGGUUGGAGGUGAGAAUGCUGUGCAAAUUCAGAUAUCUGGGAGGGAGAACUUGGGGGAAGUGAAAAAAGAGGAUGGCCUAGAGACCCAAGCCCUGGGGUGGGGAAAACAGGAAUGCGUUCAAAGUGAGAAUGUUACAGAGAUCCAGACACCAGGGUGGGAGAUGCAGGAUCAAAACGGAAAUGAGAAAGCUGGGAAGGUCCAAGCAUUUAGGGUAGAGAUCCAGAAACAACUAAGACAUGAGCUUCAAGUGGGGUGGGGAAAUCAAGGCCUGAAAACAGGUGAGGAUUCUGGGGAAAGCCAGAUAUCUAGAAGGAAGAACCUCAGGGAGAUAAGAGAGGAGGAUUGGGUGGUGAUCCAGGCACGAUUCUGGGGAGACCAGAAACUAGUAGCAAGUGAAAUUGGCAGAGAAUUCAAGAUACCAUGUUGGGGGAAUCAGGACCAGACUGGAGGUGAACAUAGAGCAGAAAUUCAGGCACUGGAGAAGAGAGACCAGAGAAAGAACGGAGAUGAAGAUGGUGCAAAUAUCCUGGCGCCCGAGGCAGAGAACCAGAGACAAUUAAGAGGUGUACCUCAUGUAGAGACCCAACUACCAGGAAGGAGGAAUCAGGAGCAGUUUGUUGAUGAGAAUAGUACAGACAUCCAGGCAACAGGGAAGAGAAACCUGAGAGGCGUUAAAGGUGAACAUGGUAAAGAGACUCAGGAACUUGGGGAAGAAAACCAGCAUCAGUUAAACAGUGAAAUUAAUGGAAGGAUUCUCAUACUGAAGUGGAAAAAUCAGGAACACAUUAGAGGCAAGGAUGGUGCAAAUGCCCAGGCAUCUGAGGCAGAGAACUGGGGAGAAUUAGCAAGUAAAACUGAUAUAGAAACUCAUUCAGCAGAAUGGAAGAAAGAGGAGCAGAUGGGAGGUGAGAAUGGUGCAGAAUUUCAAAUCCAAGAGAAGAGAAACCUGAGAGGGACCACAGGUGAUGAUGAUAAAGAGACCCAGGCUCCUGGGGGAGAUUAUCAAGGAGAGUUAAGAAGUGAAAUCGAUGGAGAGAUCCAGAUACAAGGGCAAGGCAGCCAGAAUAAGGGUGAAGAUGAGGACGCUGCAGAAAUCCAGGAUGUAGGGAGCCAGAGAAAGUGCAGAGCUGAGGAUGCUGGAAGGCUUCGAGUACUAAGGGGAAGAAACAAGGGCCAAGUCAGAGGAAAGGAUGCUGCUAAAGGCAAUCUCCGAGUUGACUGUUCUGUGGGUGAGGGGCCCCCAGCCCUCACUGGCUCUGGAUAUGGGGCCAUGGACCAGGAACAGGCUGUGGCCUCUGCUCCCUGCCCUGAGAUGAAGGCUCUCCCCCACCAGAAUGAACUCUUCCUGCUUGCCAGUGGGGAGGGAGAGCAUUUGGCCAGCCAGAGCACGGCCACUGCCAGGAAGCACAGUGUCAUUCCAGCCUCCUGGCAGGCCCAACCUAAACUCCAGAAAAGCCGACAAAGGGACAAAGGAGUGGUUCCAGGGAAGACCUCUGGCCUGACUCGACAGCUCUGCAACCCACAGUCUUUGGCUGCUGCCCUGGGCCUGCCCUCUGCCUGUCCCUCUGUCUCAUGUGGCCAAGCCCCCCAAGCUGCCACAGCUCUGGUGGAUUUUCCCACUGCCCUCACCAUCCUGCCGAAGUGGCCAGUCCUCACGAAGUGCCAGCUACUGCUCCUGGAGUCCCUUAUGCAGCGGAAGAUUGCACACCUGAAGUGGGGCCUCCCCCAGCAGAUCCUAGAAUCCUACUUGCACUUUAACUUCUUAGCACCAUGCCCACUGCCCCUUGAGGGGGUGAGGCUCCCUGGGUUACACAAAGCCUGUGAGCUGCAGGGGCAGCAGGAAAGGCAUUGUGGGGCCCAGGGCCCCAGGCCAGGCCUUAAGUCCCCAGAGAGGUCCCAGAGCGUUCGGCGCCAAGAAAGGAAAAGCUCAAAACCUCCUACGCAGGCCAGAGCUCUGGAGAAGCGAAGACCACACCAGACAGAGCCAAUGGGCAUUUCUAUCCAUCCUGAAAAGCCUAAGAGAGUCAGACCACCAGGGGGCCUCAGAGAACGACAGGAUGUCCAGAAAGAGGCUCCUCCUAGGGCCAAGCUCCCUGCUCCCAGGAACCCCAGGCCUGCAGCAGAAUCUAGUAGCUGGUGUGGCCAAGAAAGCGUCCAAGAACCCUCCAGUGAGAACAGCGGGAGCAGGAAAAUGGUCAGGCCAGGGGUCUCCCAGAUGGCAGAGAGGGCUCCCGGCACAGCGAGGAUCUCAUACUCUGGGGCAGACCACUGGAGGAAGGAGCACGCAUCUCAGGACCCCCCCAGAUUCAAAUGUCAGCAGCCCACACACAGGAGAAGAGGAAGCCUGGAGCUGGAGGAAGGCAGAGGGGCUGGGCAGCAGCCUUCCUCCUGUCCCACAGACACCUUCAGCUCCAAAAGGAGUCUGCACUCUGCUGCAGCAAGGCUGAGCAUGAGCUUUUUGAAGAGGAUUUCCUGGUCCCCACACCUGGCCAAGCCCCAGCACUUAGCCCCCAACCUGAGUGUGAGGGAUCCUGAUCCUAUCCUGCUUCCCGAAGUGGGUGACCCACAUGCAAGAGAGGACAGCAUCAGAGACUGCGCUUCUUUGAAGAGGGACCUUCAGCCACCAGGUCACUGCAGUGCUGGGGUUGCUCUUCCCAAAACAGAAGAACUUGAGGAAAUUGAGAACCCACAUGGGGCCCCAAGGAAUCCACCAGCCCCCCAAAAGUUUGGUCUUAUGAAGCAUUUGAGGGGUUUCCUGCUCCAGCAUGGCUUUAGGAAGUAGGCAGUGGAUUCAGAAUCCUCAAAACACGUCAGAGAAGGCAGGAGAGUGGUCUGCU